AGGAGGAGCCUGCGGGGUGUGGGACUCCAGACAAAGGAGACAUAUACACACUGACACUGGGUCACUGCGAGGAAAGGCACAAGCAGGCAGCUGGACGGCUUCACUUUUCUUUACGGGAGACGAUAUCCCAUCUCCCAGGCUACUUUUUACUCACUUAUUUAUUUGUUUGUUUUGUCGGAAAACUUUGACCUCAUGUGUUUGUCAGCUGUAUGGAUUGUUCAGCGAGCCGAGGGAUGAUUGCGUCGGAGCAGCGGCUGCCGUACGCUGCCUGCGGUGUGUGGAAGAGUGCGCAUUAGUACGUUUGGGAUGGAAAAGUGGGGCUGGCACGAUCCGACAGCUCUCUGCUCUUAGCUUGACGCCAUGGGGGGCUGCCAUAGUUACCCCUCGGCUACGAAGGCAGACAACAAGACUCUUCAGCCCUCUGACCUCGGCAGUGACAAACCGGGAAUUAAUAACAAUAAUCUGGAGGAGCGUCCAUAUCUGCAGCAGCAGUAUGUGUGCCAGCGCGUCACGCACACGGACGUGUUUGCCCUCACAGCGCUGCCGCCUGGCGUCGACAAGGCAGAGUGGCUGGCCAGCAACACGGUGGCGUUUUUCAAGAAUAUAAACCUGUUCUCCAGCGCACUUUCUGAGUUCUGCACUCCCAGCACCUGCCCAACCGCCUGUGGACCGGGCAACACGGUUUAUGUUUGGACUGAUGACCACGGCAGGAAGCUGAAGUGCUCUGCCCCGCUUUACUUUGACUAUGCCAUGUCAUACAUUCAGGAGCUACUGACUGAUGAAGAUGUGUUCCCCACAAAAGCAGGUUCAGUGUUUCCAACAGGCUUCGUCUUUCUCGUCCAGAAGGUGUUUUUGCUGUUUUUCAGGACUCUGGCUCACAUUUAUUGGUCUCACUAUAGAGAGACGCUCGCCUUGGGCCUGCAGCCACACCUCAAUACCCUCUUCACACACCUCACGCUGUUCUGCAGGCAGCACGGCCUGUUGGAGCCAGAGGACACUGAGCCACUGCAGGACCUCAUCGCAGCUCUGGGACAGCAAGGCUGAGCCUGUAGAGCAGACACACACACACACACAUGUUGUGCACUCACAUUUUCGUCACACUUAUUUAAUUGCUAUAUCUGAGUAUAAAGCUUUAAUUGUGUAUGUCACCACUUUGGGCCAAACCUUCACUUACUGAACGUUAUGGUUUUUUUCUGGAAGUUGUAAAAUAUAAAAUACUGUUUAUGAACAGUAUGCAGGAGAAUGAAUGAGUCUGUUGUGCUUUAAAAAGCAGCAAAUCAGACAAGAUCGAGUAUUUGGUUCCUACUGUAUAUGGUUGACUUUUGUUAUUGUGAUACUUAAUAUUGCAUGUUAGUGUAUUUUUAAACAAUGGUGCUUAUAUUAUUAUAUUUUGAUAAGGUCAAAAUCUUCAAGAUAAAUUAUAUCUUCCUUGUAGACUUAAGGCAGUCAUAAAACCUAACUGACCCAGGCGGUUCACCGUUGUUAUAAACAAAAUGUGCCAUCAUGGGUGGCAUGUUGAUGCAAAUGACAUGAGUGCAUCUGCACCGAACUACACAGCUUAUCUCUGCAUCCUUAUGAAUGAUUCUGUAUUCUGUUACGAACAUUUAGCGCAGUUUUAUGUACCUGGUAGAUUUGACAAAUAUAAGAUUUCAUUUUUUUGCUCAGUUAUGUAGAAACAAUCAAAUAAAACCAUUUAAGGUGCAAUUUCAA